AUGCCUGGCCAACUCUCCUACCCCGCUCUUCGUUCAGUAUUGGAAUUUUUGAAUUACCGUCCACGAAUCAUCUUGACCAUACGUAGCAGGACCCUUCAACGAUUCGAUAACAGUUUACCUCUCCGGAUACACAAUAUGACUCUAUACAAUAAUUUGGUAAGCAUAGAAGGACGAUCGCUCGAUAUACACAUUUCGAAAUUUACCAGGCGGUAUUUAGAAGGAAGACCGCAUAUUCAUGCGCAUAUGGUUACCUUCUACCAGAUAAAUUCUGCUGAGAAAAUUCCAUUGAAACUCAACCUGAUAGUUAAUGAAUUAUCCUUAGAUUUUUGUGUUUUGGAGCACGUAGCACCUUUUAUAAAGUCCCCGCCCACUGACCUCAUUGUUGUCCCUUCUACUGUCAACCAUGCUACUGUCAACCAUGAAUUGGUGCACUCCGCUAAAAACGUACGUUUUGAAAUCUACUACGGAAAGGAGACCAUUUCUUUGUUACCUGACAUUGAGAGGUUGCCCAAUAAGCGUAUUUCAUUGAAAUACACUGGUGGACUUCACGUGGGGGAUACUGUAAGAAUGAUGAGACACUGGAUGGAGCAUGGAAAAGAAAUCGGGACAAUUUGCACGCUGUCUUAUUCAAAUCAAGAUGAUUUCAGUGGAAUGUUGAGAGCGUUGUAUCAACAGUUCAAUGAGUUUCAAAACAAUUGGACGGGGGCUAUGGAAAGAUUCUCAUCAUCUCAUACAAUUCCAAUUGAAGGAGACGCAAAGAUUCAAAUGUAUAAGAUCAAGAAAACUUUAGGACGACGUAUCCAAUUUCUCAUAGUGUUGAAGGUUGUGGCAAUGUCAGAUGAAGGGAAGCUUGAUGUGAAAUUGUUGUAA